GAGAUCGAGUGAGAGGAAGAUGGACAGAGGGGAGCACAUGCAUAGAGAAGACGACGCGACGACGAUGCGACGAUGAUGGUACCCCUGUACGACAUGACGGUACUUGAAAAAUGAGGUAGAGGCUUGGGCCAGGCAGCCCUCAAGUGAUUGUGCAUAGUCAUAUUGGAUACAGACAGUAGCAACUGCGAUUGUGGUCUACGUAGUGAGCAAGAAAUCGCUGCCCACAACUCCACGAUUUGUGGUUAUGGUGCCGUGCGCUCGACCGGCCCUGGCAGUCCUGACUGGACAGUUCGUGUCGCUGCUCCUGGUUGGGACGAGCGUGACAUCGGCGCUGCUGGUUCACAGAGGUUUCGAAGCACCGAUGUUCAUGAGUUGCCUCAACUAUGCAUUCCUUGCGGUGGCUUAUGGCUCCUGGUAUCUUCUGAAAGGACGGCAUCAUCAUGACCUGUCAUGGAAACACGACAAGUCAACCAUGAUCAAGUUCGCCAUCCUUGUCUUGGUAUUGGGAGCCUGCUUCGCAAAGCUUCAUCUUGACAAACUUGAUCAGGCGGAUGUUGAGGCCAACUAUCUGAUAGUGAAAGCAUACCAAUAUACAUCCAUUAUCAGCAUCACUCUGUUGGAUUGCUUCACCAUCCCGACCGUAAUGCUCCUCUCGUACCUCAACCUUGGCUCCCGGUACACCAUCACUCACGGCAUAGGAGUUGCCUUUGCCCUCGGAGGACUCUUCACCCUCGUCCUCAUCGACUUCAGCAAGGCUGAGGAGGCAGGAGCAGGGAAUGGCUCCGUCAUACUGGGGGAUUCUCUCACCAUCAUCGCCGCUUCCUUGUAUGGUCUUUGUGGCGGGGCAAGAAGUUGUCUCUCUGACGCGAUGAACAUUCAGGAAGAGCUCGUCUGCCGGUAUGGAUGGCAGCUUGUUGUAGCAAUCAUUGGGGUGCUCGGAGCUUUGGUUUCUUCGGUACAAGUUCUUGCUCUUGAAAGAGAAGAAAUUGCAAACUAUUCGUGGAGUGGAAUAGACGUGGGAUUAAUCUUUGCCUUCGUUUUCUGCCUCUGUUCCAUUUAUACGAUCGUACCCCAGGUCCUUCUACGAACCGGAGCAGCGUUCCUCAACAUUUCCAUCCUCACGUCCGACUUCUGGGCAGUGGCCUUCGGAGUUUCAGUCCUCAAGGAAAAUCCUUCUUCCUGGUAUUAUGUUUCCUUCGUGUCUACGGUAGUGGGACUAUUCAUUUACCACGCUCGUGGGGAACCUCAUCGGUCUUUGGAUAUAGAAAGUGCUCAAGUCACCUUGCAAGACGACCAAGGCUGUGUGGACACAAGUCACAACUGCGAUGAUGAUGCCCGAAUGCUGAUCCAGAAUCAAGACGAUGUAAAUUAA